UAAAUGAUAAGAACCUCUGAACCACGAUCUUGAAGAACAUCUUGACGCCGCAAUAAAAAUAAUAUUAUGCUAUUACGCUGUGGUAGAAGACUGAACGUUUUUUGAAUUUAUGUAGGUACCUAAUAAUAAAAGUUUUUUGUUAUAUUUUAGAAUCAAAUAAUCCACUCGUAUUUGUUUAUUAAAUGAGAUUGUUACUCUUACUUGUUUCAACCUACCAUUGUUCGAGUACACCAGUUGUUUAGUAAUGGCAUUAGAUUUGAAUCAACUACCAGCCUUGCCAGCAAAAACUACAUUCGUUUUACAUCUCAUAUUAAUUACUUGGGGUGUUCAAGGAAGAUGGAGUCCAGACUCUUAUCUUUUUUACAAUAUAAUGUUCUUGGGCUGCGUGUUGUGGGCAAUGCAUCAAACAGAAAAUGAAAAACCCGCACAGCUAGCUAUUUCUGUAAACCUUGCAACAGUAUGUUUAGAUAUUGUCACUAUUUACUGUUAUUUUCCCUCCUCAUUUUGGUUGUCGGAAAUAUUCAGUGUUAUUUGUGCCAUGGCAAAUUUGGUACUGCGUUUUGUAACACUAUCAGUUCUUAGUCGAAUGUGUAUAGACAGCAGUAAUGGAGUCUCUGAUGGCAUACCACCUCCCCUACAAAAUUAUAUAAGUAGAGGAACUGCUAUUCCACAAUCAUAUGAAGAUAUUGAUCAGACCCCACAACAGCAACAAGCUCCAAGCAAUGCUCCUUUUUUUACACCAUACCGUUAAAGACUACAAAAUUAUUCUAAUACAAUUUAUAAUACGUUAAUUGUUUUAACUUGAUGUUUGAAAACCGUUGUACAAUACGGGAAAAAGUCUCAUUAUUGUGUCAUAAAUUAUAUUGUUAUUUUACUAAAAAAACGAUAAAUUAUUUUUAUUUAUUGUAAUUUAUAAAUUUAUAAAAAAUAUUUUAUGAUAUAAAAAUGUAUAUUUUAAGUAUAAAAAGUAAUCAAAUUAUUCUUAAUUAAGUAAUAUAUAUAUGAUACUAUGCUAAAUUGCAUAAUUUUUAA